CCGGGGCCGGGGAGUUGGGGCGGGCUGCGCCCCUGUGCUGGGCGGCGGUGAUGGUUCCGGCCGCAGAAGUCCCUUUAUGUGAAUGAAAGGCCCGGGACAGGCAGCGCCGGAGACAGUGACACAAUGUAUCCGGGCUCAGGACGCUGAACGCCGGCUGCCCGGCCCGGAGACUGCCGCCAGGGGGUCUGUGCACUGUCAGCCCCCGUUUCUCACAAUGCUUGCCCACGUUGCCUUCCCUUACCUCCUGGUGGGGUGUCUCCUCAUAGCUUCAUCCAAGGGACAGUCACCCAGCACCAUGACUGACAAGCCCACGGUUCGGCCUGUGUUCAGCCCUCGGCCGUUCAUGGUAGCUUGGAAUGCGCCCACGCAGGACUGCUGGCCUCGAUUUGAAGUGCCUUAUAACUUAUCGCUCUUUGACCUCAAUGCGACGCCCAAUCAGGGCUUUGUGAACCAGAGCCUUACAAUCUUCUACAAAGAGCGCCUCGGUUUUUACCCUUAUUACGAUGACCGGAAUGUUUCCAUCAAUGGCGGUGUUCCCCAGAACGCCAGUCUCCGGACUCACCUGAACAACCUGCAGGAAGAUAUUUCCAGGUAUAUACGGGUCUUCGAUAAAGACGGGCUGGCCGUCAUCGACUGGGAAGAGUGGCGGCCUAUUUGGAUAAGGAACUGGAAGAGCAAGGAUGUGUACAGGCAGGCGUCGCGACAGUUGGUGUCCUCGCGCCACCCUGACUGGACGGCGGAUAACGUCAGCAAACAGGCACAGUACGAGUUUGAAAACGCCGCCCGCGACUUCAUGGAAAAAACCUUGCACUACUCCAGGAAUUUCGCGCCCCGCCAAAUGUGGGGCUAUUACCUGUUCCCGGACUGCUACAAUCAUGACUACCUGACCAACUGGGACAGCUAUACCGGCAGGUGUCCUGACGUGGAAAUGUCCCGGAACGACCAGUUAUCGUGGUUGUGGGAGGAGAGCACCGCACUUUACCCGUCCAUUUACCUAGACCCUUCCCUGAAAUCCUCCGCCAAUGGGCGCAAAUUUGUACACUACCGAGUGAAAGAAGCCAUGAGGAUAGCCUACAAGCACCACCGAGACUACUCUGUCCCCGUCUUCGUAUACACACGACCUACCUACAUAAAGAAUAUGGAUCUUCUCUCCGAGUUGGAUUUAAUCUCGACUAUCGGAGAAAGCGCUGCACAGGGGGCUGCAGGUGCAAUAUUUUGGGGCGAUGCAGAAUACUCUAGGAACAGGGACACAUGUAAAAAGAUUAAGAAUUACGUGGACGAGGAUUUGGGCCGCUACAUUGUGAAUGUGACCACCGCCGCGCAGCACUGCAGCCAGACCCUCUGCAGCGGGAAUGGCCGGUGCCUGCGUCAGGAAAACAACACCGAUGCUUUCCUACAUCUCAACCCAGCCAAUUUCCGAAUUGUACGUCGUCCUACAGGAUCCUCCACACCCCUUCCUCUGUGGGCGGAUGGGCGACUAUCCACAGAGGACGUUCUGCUUCUACGUUCGCAGUUCCGCUGUCAGUGUUACGUCAACUGGUAUGGAGGCAGCUGUGCAAAAGAGAGGCUGCCCAAAAACAGUGGCGCUGGGUCCGUUGGGGGCCACGCGGUUUGUUGGUCCUUGCUGGCUUUCCUCUGGAUGCUGCUGUAAGAGCUUGUUAUUGCUGUUUAGUUUUAGACACUACAAUGAACUGAAGAUGACUGGACCCUAAGUGAGAGACUCACAGCACGAAUACGGACAUUAUUUAUUGGAGAUGUACUCCCCAUCCACAAAGGGAUGGCUUUAUAUAUUCCUACCUCUAGGACGUGCUGAUUGUCCCUGCAGCAGAGGAAGUGUGGUUACCGCGGAGCUUGGGCUGCGCAAAGACAUCUGGGGGUUGGGGAAGCCGCCACACUAGUAAGCGACGCAGACCCCUCCCCCGCUGGCCCCACCCCUUUCUGACAGCACAACGAUUAGUUGCAGUACGGCACUCAGGGAACGUACACCCUCCCACCCACCCCCGUCACUCACCACCAGUGCCUAGGCCCAUUGUUUACAGGGACCUGUACUUUUGGAGCAUUAUAAGGACUUACACUGUGCCUUGGUUUAUUAUUUUCUGUGUAGUUGUGGGGUCAACAUGUGCCCUCUGACCCAUGGGUCAUUGUGUGAAUGAGCAGGGGGAUGCUGCAUCCCUAAUCUGGAGCUGGUCAUCCAGACCCUUUCCUGUUAUCUCCAUCCAUGCCCAGCUCUGCCAGACCAGCAAUAGUAAAGACUGGGACAAGAGACAAUAAAAUGCUGUAAGAACCCUGA